AUGGCGCCCAAAGCUCCCAAGUUCGAGAUCAAGACCCCGAAGGGCACCAGAGACUGGUCCGGUGCGGACAUGGUGCUCAGGGAGAAGAUCUUCAAGACCAUUACCGAUGUUUUCAAGCGCCACGGCGGUAUCAGCAUCGACACCCCUGUGUUCGAGUUGAAGGAAAUUCUUGCAGGCAAAUAUGGCGAGGACAGUAAACUCAUCUACGACCUGGCAGAUCAGGGCGGCGAGCUCUGCAGCUUGCGAUAUGACUUAACCGUCCCGUUCGCCCGGUACUUGGCCAUGAACAAGGACAUCACGCAGAUCAAGCGCUAUCACAUCGCCAAGGUCUACCGCAGAGAUCAGCCAGCAGUGAAGAAGGGCCGCAUGAGAGAAUUCUAUCAAUGCGAUUUCGACAUUGCUGGCGUGUACGACCCUAUGAUUCCGGACGCCGAAAUCAUCAGAAUCAUCAACGAGGUCUUUGAGGGCUUGGGCUGGCAUGGGAAGUACACCAUCAAGCUCAACUCCCGGAAAAUCCUGGACGGCCUUUUCCAGGUUUGCGGCGUGCCCGACCACCUGAUUCGCCCCAUCUCAUCCGCUGUGGACAAGCUUGACAAGAUGCCCUGGGCUGAUGUCAGGAAGGAGAUGGUUGAGGAGAAGGGGCUGGCCCCCGAGGUCGCUGACAAGAUUGGUCAGUAUGUGUUGCUCAAGGGGCAGCGGGAUCUUCUCGAAAAGUUGCAGCAGGAUCCGGCAUUGGCGGCAAACCCGUCCAUGCAGCAAGGCUUCUCUGAUUUGGAUCUACUCUUUACCUACCUCGAGGCCUUCGGCGCCUUGCACACGGUCUCGUUCGACCUCUCCCUGGCCAGAGGCCUGGAUUACUACACUGGAGUUAUCUACGAGGUCGUAACAGAAGGCUCAGCGCCCGCGGUCCCAGCUUCCGAGGAGGCAAAGGAGAAAGUCUCGAAGAAGAAGGGCGGCAAACCUGGUGAUCCCGAUGAAGACCGCUCUGACGACCCGACUCUCGGGAUAGGAUCGGUUGCCGCUGGUGGCAGAUACGACAACCUUGUGGGCAUGUUCUCUGGGAAAACACAAGUGCCGUGCGUUGGUAUCAGCUUCGGCAUCGACCGCAUUUUCUCCAUCACGCAAGCCGCGCAGAAGAAGAAGGAACGGAAAAACGAGGUCGAUGUCUUCGUCAUGGCGUUUGGCGGCAAGGACUUCAACGGGUUGCUCAAGGAGAGAAGCCAGGUCUGUGCCCGGCUGUGGGAUGCGGGCAUCAAGGCCGAGUUUCUUUACAAAGUGAAGCCCAAGUUGCAAAACCAAUUCAAGGCCGCGGAAGCGGGCGGCGUGCCAUUCGCCCUUAUUCUUGGCGAGGACGAACUUGCCCAAGGCAAGGCGAAAAUCAAGGAGAUGGGCCUUCCAGAGGACCACCCGCUGAAGGAAGGCGAGCUCAUCAGCCUGGACAACCUGAUCGAGGAAGUACAGGUGCGGCUCGCGCGGAAGCAGCAGCUCGAUAGCAUCGCCCUGCAAGCCGAGGGCUUGAAGGUCGUUGACGGAAUCAAAGGCGAGGAGGUCAAAGCAGCUGCAGAAGCGGGCCAGACUGCGGAGUAG